AUGGCUCGCUUAAACGAAUCAACAACCUCGACUGAAUCCAUUGAAAUUUUGAAACGGCGAUUCGUGCGCCAGAAUCGCGAAAUAGCCCGAGUGAAUUCGAUACAGUCCCUUCGAAUUCGCAGCCUUGAGUCAGAAGUUUCGCAUCUCCUUUCAGAAAAUGUUUCCCUCAGAGAGCGAGUCAUAAAUCUUAGCCAAGAAAUAGAGAGAUUCGAAGCGGCCAAGUUGUUCCAGGAUGGAGUCUACGAUAUCAAGGCGAAACUUGACAAUAAAUUGAUGGAGCUAGAAGGCCUAGUAGCUGAUUUAGGUGCAUUGCCACGCAGGCUCAACAAGCCAGUCGACGGGACAACAGAAGUUGCACAUCAGGAGCGAUCAGGCUUGGAUUCGAGACAUAACAUCGCUGACCUUGAAGCUUAUUCCGCACUCGAGCAAGACGGUAGGCUUCCGGUUAUACUGGAAGACAAAUAUUAUCCACGAAAGACAUUAGAGCCACAGGAAAUGCAGGAACUGAUGAACAACAACAUGAAUGCCCCGCAAUCUUCGGGUCAAGGGGGACCUUCGAUAUCACAAAUAGACAGCAUGGACGAUGAUCCAUACUCGACAUUGUCUGAAGCAGUUGCGGAUACGCAAGAGUUGGACAGCUCCCUAGGCCCUAAUGAGGCUCUUCUUCCCCCAAAUCUUGAAACCAGGAAAAAGAGGAAGGCUGGGACCGGCAAAAUACGCGAAGAUAUCCUCGAUAUGAACCUUGGAGAGUUUCCUGCACGAAGGGAGUCAAGUUUCUUGCUAAAUCCAGGUUCCAAACGUAAAUUCUCUGGUAGUGACGAUGGCGAUUUUGCAUUAGCACCCCCAGAUGAGGACGAUUUCCAAUUCACUCGACCUACACAGUUGCCACAGUUGACGCGGGACCAAUUACUGUCGACGUACAACGAUCAGUCGCCAGUUGAGAGGCAGAACUCCCAGAGGGGAUGCUCUAAAAGUGAUAGCCGACCUAAGCGAAAAGUUCUCGAGCCGAAGAGCACAAACCUAUCUUCAAUCGAGCCCCAAGCUCCUGAAGCCCAUGGGCAAGAUUGUAAGACCUCGACAAGAAUGAACAAUACGUCCGACGAGAAUAAGCCGAUAGAUCCAGCCCGUUUGGAGGAUAUCCACGGUCAACAAUUAGCCCCAAACGAGAGGUCUCAUUGCAAUGAUUCUGAUAAGGCUAGGCAAGAAGAGAUUCAAAUUCACACUCACGUGGCUGAAGACACAUCGCGCUCAUCUUCGCCACAUGUUGCAGUAUCUCAAGUACAACAUGAGCUUGAGACAUCCAUACCCUCACUUAAUGCUUCGUCUAGACCCACGAGGCGCCAGAGAUCUGUUGUAAGCUACGCAGAACCUAAUCUAAGGGAUAAGAUGAGACGUCCAACGGAUGAGUUCAUAGCAGCAGUCGGAAGCGACCAUCAUCCAAGGAGGGCAUCCGGCUCCAGUUCUGUUCGAACAACUUCAAACAGUGAAUUUGACGAGCGUAAAAGUGGCAAAAUCAUUGCAAGAAAAAAGCGAGACUCAGAUAUGGAAGGCAGAAACCCUAGGACACUUCCAAUGACUUCUUUCGAUAAUUCUCCUUGGCAACCAGCGAACAUGAUGUCUCGGAAACAAAGGAAGGCCUCACUUGCAAGUAAAGAAGAUAUACCGCCUGGCAACAAUCCUACGAAUGAGAUAAACGAGGCCCAUUCCUAUCCGAUAUUCGGGGGCCGCGAGCUAGUUGAGGUUUCAAGUGACCGACCUAUGGCCGAGGUACAAACGGGAAGCACAGGGAAGCAUGGAUCGCCGAUUGCUGUGGACCCUAGUGACAUGCCGAUGGAGUUAUCGAAGGUUAUAUCUAGAGCAAUAGCAGUUCCCAGCAGGCUGUCCCGACGGCACUCCACAAAUCCCAGAUCGUCUGGGCGGAGUCAUUAUUCCCCAAAACACGAGAUGAGCGUUUCGGGUACCGAGCAAGAAAGUAUGACAGGGUCUAGAGCAUGUUUGGAAAGGCCUAAUGAUACAUCAAUUGGGAAUAUCAGCGAACCGAAGGCAUCCAUGCAUGCCUCAGAAGCUCCUCCAUCAGCCAUAGGGCUAGCAAUAGAUGCUAGGCAAAUGAGGCGCGUACCACGCGCCGCUGCUAGGAGAAAAAGUAUGAUGUUGUGA